CGCAAGUAGCAGGCUCUGUAUAUCUUUCCCCGGCCACGCUCGUUGUUCUUUCGCUUUCUCUUCUUCCCCGAUGGCAAACGUCAUAAAGCUACCUGUGGUACCACUACCCUUGCCUGCAGCAUGGAAUCCCCCCACUAGCUCGGGAAAAUCGAUUUCUCCCCUUGUCGAGCGCAGAUUACUCCCCGCAGGACCGGCGUACCUUGCGUACGUGAAGCGAACGGUGCACAACUUGACUUUCGAGGAGCACGACAAGCAUACAGAAGACGAGCGAAAACGCCUGGAAGCUCUCGCCGGUGCAGGAGGGCAGGGCGAGGACGAUCUUGGUGUGGGUGACGAGGAAGAGACAGAAGAUCUACUGACAUUGGAUCCGAAGGAGUGGAAGAAACAAGAUCAUUACCAGGUUCUUGGCAUUUCACAUCUGCGAUACAGGGCAACGGAUGAGCAGAUCAAGAUUGCGCAUCGAAAGAAGGUGCUGAAGCACCACCCAGACAAGAAGGCGGGCGUUGCGGGAGACUCAAACGACGACGCGUUCUUUAAGUGCAUCUCAAAGGCAUUCGAUGUGCUCACAAACCCCGAACGCCGGCGACAGUUCGACUCCGUCGACCCGUACUAUGAGCUGCUCGAGACGGACGUGCCGACGGCUUCUCAGCUGAAGAACGCAAAGGACAACGAGUUUUUCUUCGAGGCAUUCACACCAGUGUUUGAGCGCGAGGCGCGCUUCAGCCGGAAGCAACCUGUGCCGAUGCUGGGGUCUUACGAGGGCUCGAAGGAACAAGUCGAGGGGUUCUAUGACUUUUGGUACAACUUUGACAGCUGGCGCAGCUUUGAGUAUUUGGACAAGGAAGUGAACGAGGGCAGUGACAACCGUGAUGACAAGCGCUACACCGAAAAGAAGAACAAAUCUGAGCGUGCACGGCGCAAGAAGGAAGACACUGCACGUCUGCGCAGCCUUGUCGAUCUCGCGCUGCAAUAUGACCCGCGCAUCAAGCGGAUCAAACAGGAGGAGAAGGAGGCGCGUGAGGCUAAGAAGAAGAGCAAGGGCGGUGUCGCGAAUGGCAAUGCUCAGAAGCUGAAAGAAGAAGAGGAGAAGCGCAAGGCGGAAGAGGAAGCAAAGCGGAAGGAAGAGGAGGAGCAGGCUGCUCGCGCAGAAGCCAAAAAGGCGAAAGCCGCUGCAGCGACCGCUGCAAAAAAGGCCCGGCGCCAGCAACGUGCGACCGAGGGCGCGGCGUAGACUGCGAAUACGACCAACGUUACAUCCUAAUGAUCUUUUUCUGCUUAUCCGCAUAUUUGCAUUGUAUCCUUCCCAUGCUGUCACGCUUGAACCAUGUCCUGCAGAAUAGAUGCCAGUCGACAGUGAGAUGUAUCUGCAUUGCUUUGUGGGCGGCCAUUUAUUGGUUUUUAUAGCAUGUUGAAUCCGUGUAUGCUAGCGGUACAAUCAGCAGUAUGUCGCCGCCUC